AUUCCACUAGCUCUGCAGCUGCUCUCCAUCGUCCUCCCCGUCCACACCAAUGAGAGUCGACGAGCCUCGCCUGUAAUCUCUGUACUUCCUUCAGCUGAAAGCCUCAUCGGGUUCAUAUGGCAACCCUCCCCCAAUUCGUUGCAUAGUACCGUCCUGCUGGACCUCCCCUCCCUGCCUUGCCCAGUCUUGGAUCACCCAGCCCAGCAUCCGCGCCCGCGCUCGCCCGCCAGUUCGUUCCUCGGGACUCUACCGACCGAUAACGCGCCUUUGACUUGGCAAUCCUGGGCUAUGGCCACCAUGAAGCGCGUCUUCGGCCUCGCAGCCUUGGGCUGCGCCAUCGCCGGUGUCGAGUCCAAAUUGCUCUCAUGGGGCGAGGACGAGAUUGAGAGGAGGUGGACGCCGGCUUACGAGACACUGGGGAUCCUUCCGCUGCUCGGCCAGACGCCGAGGCCGACGGAUCCCCCAAGGUUGGAGGACAGGGCCGUGGGCAAGCGGUCCUCGUCGGACAACACCUGCGCCUAUGUCAACGGAGACCCAGAGAUCCCGCUUUAUUGCGCAGCUACGGACCAAUGCGUGUAUAACUCGGUUAACCAUUAUAUCGGUUGCUGUGCCGAUGCUGAGACUAUUUGCCCUGUCUGGACCACGUGCUAUGACAGGACUGAUUCGGCCAGUUUCACGACUGACAAUAGCUUUACCCUUUGGUGCGGUCAAACGUCGUUUCCCUAUUGCAAGCGGCAUCUGUACCAGGACAAAGCGUGGACCGGCUACACUCUCUGGGGGUGCGCCGUCGCGGCGGGGACAGAUACUGUCUACUACACCCCAACCGAGACCGCUAGCCCGACUACCGAAACCUCUCCAACCAGCUCACAUCACACCACAACCACCGGGCAUUCAUCGUCAUCACCGACCCGAACUUCGGCUGGGCCCAACCCGACGUCCGAAACCCCCAAACCGAGUGGCGGCAAGGGCGUCCCCGUCGGCCCUGUCGUCGGAGGCGUCGUUGGCGGCGUCGCCGCCAUCGGCCUAAUCGGUCUAGGUGCAUUCUACCUCAUCCGCUCCAACAGGAAGAACAACAACAACCCACCCACCGGCGCCGCAGCCGGCCAAGGCCCGCCACCCGGCGCCCCCAGCGGCGGCUACGACCCGAACCAGGGCCAGAUGAUGGCCCAGCAGCACGGCGGCUACUACGCGCCGGGCGCCGCCGCCGGCGUCGCCGGGUUCACGCCCGUCGAUCCGCGGGCCAGUAUGCUGAAGCCGCAGGGCUUCGACAACGGGAACAGCCCGCCCGGCAGCCCGACGCCGACGUAUCAGUCCGUGACGACGCCGCCGCCUGCCGGCUACGGGGGCCAGCCGAGCCCCACGUCCACGAACAACAUGGGCUACGCGAUGGCGCCGCAGGACUUCCAGCAACAGCAGCAGCAACAGCAGAUGUAUCACGGCACUCCGCCGCCGCAGCAGGGUUACCAGGCUGCUGGUGCUGCUCCGUACAACAACGGCCAGGGGAACCCGCACUCGCCGCAGGGCCAGGCCUUUGCGGCCGAGCUGCCCACGACGAGGGGCGACGGGCAGGUGAACGAGCUUGCUGGUUGAGGUGCGAUUGUUGCAGACCCCUUUUUUUGGGCGUGGAUAUCUAUAGUUCUGUCCCGUUCUGUCCCUCCCACGUGUGAUCGGUCUGUUCAUGUCCGUUCGGGUUUCCUUGGGGCAUUGUUGGGUCGUUUUUACGGUCGAGCCAUAAUGGCCCCUAUUCACUAGACGAUAGAUAAUCGGAUAUGGG